CGCCAUCCCCCAAAACUGCGCCUCACCCAACAACCCCUCUUCCGCAACUCCCUCCUCGCAGGCGUCGGCUUCCUCGAACUCGCCAACGCCGCCGACUUCGCCGCCAACGUCUGGAACGACAUCCCGGUACCACGCUACGCCCUGAUCCUCAUGGCCAUCGGCGGGCCCAUCGCCCUCCUCAUGACCCUCGUCGCCGCCCGAGACCUCCACCUCAGCUGGACCAACGUGCAGCUCCUCCGCCAGGAGCGCUCCCACCUCCAACACCUCCUCUCCACCUCCACCCCCACAAACACCAGCCUCCUGAAAACCCGCCUCGGCGUCAACUACCGCGAACUGGGCACCGAGAUCGUCGACCGCAUCCUCAUGGACCUGCUGAUGGGCCUGGGCGCGCUGCUCGUCGGGACCGGCACACUGAUGGCGAUCUGGGGCGCCAAUCCGCGCGUCUACCGUGCUAGCAACCUGCUAUCCGGAUACAUCGGGAACGGUCUGGCGGCGCUGUUCGGCGUCGUUAAUGCCGCGUGGUCGUUUUAUCUGGUCCGGCGGUUCCAGACACAUUACAAGGCGUGCACGGCGACUGCUUCCCCGACGCAUCCGGGCGUCGGCGUGUUUCGCGACCAGUUGAAACUGCGGUUCCGGGGGCUCCAGUGGCAUGCGGUUGUGAACGGGGUGAACGGGCUGGUCGCGGGCGGUGCGAGUCUCGUCACCGCGACCAUGUGGUACGGCUAUGUCGUCCUGAUACCCUGCAUUAUCAGCCUGCUCGCGUGCAACUGGUUCUGGAGAAGCAGGUUGGGCUAUGACCGCCCACUCUUCUUGCCUGUUGCGGAGGAUCGCGGCGGCGUGGAGGAGUUGCUAGCCGAGUUGGCGUACGUGGCGCAGGUGCAUCGCACGAUCGUGGCGACGGGGGAUGCGUUGCCCCGCGGCGUGGUGGACAAAGCGGACCUGGACUCCGUGGUGAAGUUUGUGGCGCGGAAUUCGAUGUUUGAGAGCUUCUGUGCCUGGGUGGAUCGGUUGGAUGGCGGCGUGGAGGGGCUCUUGGGGUUUGAUGCUGGAGUGGAUGUCGUGAGUCUUUCUCCUAGGGAUCUUGUGGCUCUGGGACGCGGCAAUGAGAGCGUCGUGAUCGAGAAGGCAAGGGGGUUUUUGGGGCUGUAUGCCUCCAAGGCGUUUGCGUAUCGCGAGAGGUAUCUGUUGGAGUUGGUCGGGUAUGCUGUU